AUGGCAUGGGCUCGCGGACCCUUGGCGCGAGCGACUCGGCACCACACGACUAAGCGCAUGGAUCACUUGACCGAGGAAAAAUACUUAGCGCGAACUAGGAGCGAGAUCCCUGAUCGAACAACUCGGUUCCGGACACGGCUUGACUUGGACGAUUUAUCGAAACAUACUCGGUUUCGAUUAUUCUAUGAUGACUCCACAGAACAGGAAAGGAUUGAGCGAAAGAUGAAGGAGACCCCUGGCCUGGGCAGUGUAAGGAUGCUCACUCGUGAAGAGUGGGAUGCAAUUCAAGAAAUGAGACCAAGGACACCAUUUGAAUCUAAGAUAGCACGCCCCAAUGCAAAAAUACGAACUGGGGAGCCACUUCAUAGGUUGCCUUAUCAGUACAUCCUAAGUUCUGAUGGAGGCCAUUAG